GUCCACUACAAAGCCUGCCUCUUCUCUGAUCACACACAUUGACCCUUGUCUCCUAACAAACAAGCAACGCCACCAUGCUCAAACCCUUAACUCUCAUCUCCACAUUCACCCUCCUCUUCUUCCUCUUCUCUUCCCAUGUAACCGCCAAACAACCUCGCUUUUAUCGAACCAUCUCUCCCACAUUUCUAGGCCUACGCAAGGAGAAGCUUACUCACCUCCAUUUCUACUUCCACGACACUGCCAGCGGCCCAAACCCCACCGCCAUCGUAGUCGCCCAGGCCCAAAUAACCAAAAACUCCUCCACUCUCUUCGGAGCCGUGGCCGUCAUGGACGAUCCCUUGACCGUGGGGCCUGAGCCCGGCUCCAAGAUUGUGGGAAAAGCCCAGGGAAUCUGGGCGGCUGCUUCGCAUGACGAGAUUGGGUUGGUAAUGGUGGUGAACUUGGAGUUCUGUGAAGGGAAAUACAAUGGCAGCACGUUAAGCUUGUUUGGACGGAACGCGGUGCUUAACAGCGUGAGGGAGAUGCCCAUUGUUGGUGGCAGUGGGGUUUUCCGAUUUGCGCAUGGUUAUGGUGAGGCCAAGACACACUGGUUCAAUAUAACGUCAGGGGAUGCUGUUGUUGAAUACAAUGUCUACGUCUUCCACUAUUGACCCUAUUUUGGUUGCGUUUGCCUUAAUUAUUAGCUUCUUUAGGUGGUAAUCAAUAAGAACAAGGAAUUUCGUUCUUCCAUGACCACGUUGCAGGUUAUUGUCUCUUAUUUGGUUUGCUGUUGCUUUUUCAUUAACUCAUCAUCAAUUGUGUCUUAAAUAAUUGUUGUGUAAGUGUAUCAGUCUAAUGUUGUAGACCUAAUAACAUUCUCUACUUGUCAAUUUCCAUAAAAAUUUGAUGAUGAAAA